ACAUUUCUUUAAAUAAUGACAGAUAUCACAAACAAGUAAAUGGAAAAUUAUAAAAUUACGCUAUUGUAGGAAAUGUAUGGAAAAAUAUUUGUGAAUGUUGGACAGAAAUUACAUAUAAAAUGUUCAUUUAAAUUGGCUACAAAACAACGUAGCUAAUAAUUGUCCACCUCAUUAUAUUUUAUUUUCCACAAGAAAUAUUAUUUCUUAUAUAUUAAUAUCUUCUAUAUCCUUUUUGUAACAUUGUUGAGUAAUUAUCAACUUAACUUUAAUUUUUUGUGAAAUAUCAUUCAUUUGCCUGAAUAAAUGAAUAGUCAAGCAGAGCUGUUUACAAUGUACAUAUGCAAUAUACAAUAUAUGAUGCAAAUUUUAAAAAUUGCGCAUAUAAAUUUAUGUUAAUUGCAACAGGAUUUCAAAUAUAUGUACUAUAUAUUUGUAAUUGUAGAUAUGUUCAUUUUAAACUAAACAUCAAACAUCAAAUAAACACCAUACACCCUAUAAAUUUAUAAGUAUAAUAUUAACACAGUUCAAAUGAAACUGGAAAAUUAAAUAACAUACAUUUUACUGCUGUCCUUUGCUUCAUUCGGUCAGAAUGUCUAAAAUUUCUCUAAACUCAAAAGCAUCCAACAUGAAACUUAGAUUGCAACGUAGAAGAAAACAACAUGCAAAGGAGCUAAUCUUUAAACCUUAUGACUUUUGUUGUUCAAUUAAUAAUGUUGAUCCAUUAACACAAUAUGACAGACUAAGGUCACUUUACACAGCUUCAUUGAUGUCUCUGCAAACAAGAAUUGAAAACCCAACUUUGAAACUGCAAACAGAAUUUACUGAAUAUAUAGAUCCUACAGUGAGAUUAUUGCAGCGAAAGAAAAACAAACAAUUAGAUAUAGGAGAUCACAGAUAUAAAAAUAAGAAAAAUAUGCAGAUUUUUAAAAAACUAAAGAAAAUAUAUAAGGGAAAGAAAUUAGGUGAUAAUUUUGAAUUUGAAGAUUUGCACGAUAAAAAAGUUAUAUCACUUCUUGAAGGACCAUUACAUUGGUAUUUAGAAGAUGAGAUUCUUGCAGCAAAAGAUAUUCUAUGGGAACAAAAACAAAGAGCAUACAAUGAAGAAAUGAAUAAGAAUAUUGAAAUUGGAAAAGAAAAAAUGAAAGCUAUGUUGGUACAAGAAACAGACCUAUAUCCACGAUGGUAUCAAGAUUUUUCUAUUAAUCAAAUUAAAAAUUUAAGGAUGUUACAAUGUAUAAUGCAAAAAGAUUGUGAAGAGAUGGUAACAGGACGAACUCAAAGAACACUUAUAUCAAUUGGAAUUAUAUCUACAUUUUUUACACUCACACCAGAUGUUGUUAAAAAAUUACAAGAAACUUGUAACUGCAAUGUAAUCGAAUUUUUAAGAGAAAUUUAUAAAAUACUAACUGGAAAUUAUUUUGAAGAAGAAGGAUACAAAAACUUUUAUGAUUGUAAUGAAAGAAUAAUCUUAUCAGCCAUUGCAUUUUUGACAUUGCCAGAAACUAUUAUAGAGCUCCAUAAACGUUUACCCUCUGUGACAAUGCCAAAAUUACCAUCAAAACCCGUUCCACCAAUAUUACCAAAAAGACAAAAGAAAAAGACACCCUACAAAGAAAAACUUUUUGUGCGAGCAGAUUGGGUAACUUUUUAUAAUUCCCUGCAAAAUUGGCAAGAGCAACGUCGACAAAUGUCAAUUCCGAAUGUAAUAUUACCUCCUAAAGAUUGUAUUUUAAGUAAUUAUACAAACGCAAAGAUUAAUUCUUAUUAUGAAGAAGGCAAACGCAGUGAAGUACAAAAUAUUUCUCAAAAUAAUCCUUCUGUUCAAACGAAACAAUUACACAAUAUUUCUAGUAAAAGAAACCAAGAAAAGAAUACUUCCGUUAGUACAGAUCAGAAAGAAGAUAUUUCUAUAGAUAUAAAACAAAAAGAUAAUAUACCAGUCAAAGAGGAGAAUAAUCCACCUGAUAAUUUUCUCUAUAAUUUUGAUCAUCGUGAUUCUGCGAAAAAUGUAUCUGUAGAGAAUAAUGAAAAUCAAGGAUUUAAGAGUAUAGUAAACAACGCAGUAUAUACGAAACGGGGAAUACAAUAUAAUCCACAAAUAUCUACUGGUCUUAAUGUUCCACCAUUAUAUGGUGAAAAUAGAUUAUUCGAUUUUACAAUUAAUGGAAUUGGCGAGAAACCAGGGCCAGUAGAAUAUAAAAUAUGUGGAGUUUUACAACCACCUCAACCAAAUAAAAAGUCUUGGCUUGACGAGAAACAUGCACAUUACAUAAUAUCUGGUGCCUCAGAUGAACCACCAACUUGUCCUGUAACAUAUGAAAUGACUGGUGUUGCAAAUGUGACACCCUCCAAUAGCGAUGAAAGAUUUUUUGCAGUUCUGAAACUUGGAGAUGGACCUAAAAAGAUUUAUCCAAGCGGUAGGCAGAACUUAUCGCGUCAUUGGCAAGAAUGGCUGCAAAAUGUGGAUGAAGAAUUUCGGAAGAUAGAAAGAGAGGCAAACAAAAUGGUAAAAAGCAUCGAAGCCGUAACGAAAUUAGUAUUUCCAGAGCCAAUGUGUGACAGUUGUUGCUCUUGUAGACAAACUAGAAAAUCAUACUUAAAAGCGAAGGAAACAAAGGCGCCUUAUUUUGUAAUAGACACUAUAACUGAAGAUGAGAAUAAAAAGAAAUACAUUGUGGGUUCAAUGGCAAUGCAUUCCCCUGCACCAACGCCUCCAGAAUCGACCAUGAAUUUAUUAGAAGUUAUAGCUUCGGAAGAUGUUCUUACUGACAAUAUCAUAAUAAGUGGUGUCACAAAUGAAACGGGUGAAACUCAAUAUUUUAUUACUGGUUCUCAAAAAGAGGCAAUACAUAUGCCAGCGCGUGUUAUAGAACCUCCACCACCUAGACCACCUAGAAAUGUUCCACCUUGCGUAUGUGCAAUUCAACAAAUGUUUAGCAAAGGUUUGUCUUCAAACGUAAGUCACGAUAAUAUACCAUGGACGAAAGAAGAAGGUCUAUGCUUUGGAAAAAAAUUUAGACCCAAUGAACCCCCUGCGUAUUCCUGUAAAAAGUAUCCAGGUGAUAAAUCAUGUAGAAGAAAUCCAUUUAUACACGACAUAAAUAAAUUAAAAAGAAGAAUUGAAAGAGCAAAAGAAAAGAAAACAGGUGAAACUAAAGAGAAAAAGAAAAUGUAUAGUAUCGCAGAUUUUAAACCAUGUGGGGAUGAACAUGGUAUGAAUAUUUGUGGAGGGCCUUGGGGUGCUUUACAUACUUUAACGCCUGAAGAAUUAGCAGAACAGGAAAGAUUGCGAAAAGAAAUAUUAAAAAGUCCUCCAUGUGGCACGAAACCUGGACGAGCUGUCUGUGAAGGCCCUUUUGGAGAACGAAUACCGUUUAAAGAGAUACGUAUAGAAAAAGAAAUUCCAGGAGAAGAAGACAUUGAAGAGAAAGAGGAAGAAGUGGAAGAAGAAGAGGAAUUAACGAAGCUUCCUCCAGUCGAAGUAAAGAAGAAAGAAAAGAAACGCGACAUAAAAUGUUACAUGAGUCCAGAAGCUAUUGAAGCCAGAAGGCAGGUAGUCGAGAAAAAGAAGAUUAAGAAAUUUAUUCCUGACCCGAGCUAUCCAGGUUACGAUGAUCCAUGGAAUAUAUUUCGUACAGCACUGUCGGUAAAAGAAUCUGAAACUGAUUUUAAAAAAUUAUUGAAACUUAGUUCUCCGCGACCGCCAGCCACACCUGCACCAUCUAAGGUAUUGAUAAGUGAAAAUGGGAAAUCUGCGUUGCACAAAGAUAUUACUAAAUCAGAUAUAAAAAGAGAUCGUCCAAUUGUGAAAAAAAUAUCUCCUACACGAAGUAAGUCGGAACAAAUUUCGAAGAAAAAAAGCAAAGAAAAACUGAAAAGCGAAGAAAAAAUAAGUGAAAGAAAACCAAAAAGAUCUAAUAAAAAAAGAUUUAAAAAAAGCCAAGAAAAAAUAGAUAAAACAAAAUCAAAAAAGUUAGAUAAUAAAAUAAUUACAAAGAGCCAAGAAAAUAAAAACGAUCAUGAUCAAAUAAUAAAAAGUGAUACAAUAAAGGAUAAAAGAAAAGAUCAAAAUGUUUCGGAAUCGGUAAAAAGUAAGCAUGAUCGGAAAAUGGCUACGAAAUCCGUAGAAAAUCCUUCACAAAAUCCUAAAUAUUUGGAGAAACAAAGUGGAGGAUUGGACAAAUGGGAAGUGGAGGAUGGACAGAGAUCGAAUUCGAAAAAAUUUAGUAAACAAAUAUCUUCUGUUAAGCUUUCUGAUAAGCCUCAAAAUUAUAUGCGUAAUGUAAUUUAUGAAAUUAAUAAACAAGAUAAAAAAGGGAAAAAUUCAAAGAAAUUAAAUCCUAAAUCCAUCGCGUCAUCAGAUGUAAAAAAGAAAAAAAUAAAUAAACAAUUGAGUGCGAGAAAAAGAUCCACGAAACGAGAUAGAAAAAAAAAUGCGUAUAUUGAUCAAGACAUAAAUCCUGAAACAGCUUAUAAAAAUAAGAUACACGAAUUAAAAAAUAUGAUGAAAUCUACUGAUAUCUAUCCCUAUGAUAUAAAACCAGCAGAGAUUCCAGAUGAUCCUCCAGCAAAAUGUCAACUAGAGUAUGAAGAUUUAGAACCUGCAGUUAAUAAUGUACAAAUUGAAGAAGAUACAGGUGCACAACCGGUAAGUAAAGAUCCUUGUGGUUGGAAGACAAAGUCAGAACAACAAUUGCCAACAAAGAAAACUCUGGUGUAUCUGACUGAUCCGGAUUACCCUCCGGAAACAAUACCAGUUAGACCGGGAGGGAAACCAUGUGUUUGUCGGGAAAACAGAGCAAAGAAGAAAAUAUUAUUGUAUAAUAUCGGAGGACUUAUAGGUGGGAAGAAAAAUGAUGGAGAAAAGAAAUUAUUCAAGAAGAAGAAAGACGAAGAUAAACAGAUGCAAGUCAUAGAUGGAGUUAUUUAUUAUACUCCACCACCAAGUCCCCGUAGAAGCGACGAAUAUGUACCUGAGUAUGAUUUCUGCGAAUCCUCAUACGAUAUGUGUCUUACUCAACGUAAAGAACGAAAUCUUAGAUUUCUUGAACGAUAUAACAUGCCAAAGAUAUCAGAAGUUCCAGAAAACAAGGAACCUUGCGGUUGUAAUGAAUACAUAGAUACGUAUGGUAUUCAAGCCACGGACGAAAAUGAAAAGAAAGAACUUGAGACCAGAGACAAAUUAAUAAGCGCAAAACCGCCAAAGGAACGUUGGAAUUUGGCGCUCAAAGAUGUAGGUUUGAUAGAUUAUUUUACACGAUGUAGAGAUAGUUUGCCUUGUUGGUUGAAAUGUGCAAAAUUUAACAAAGUCGGCUGUCCUGUGCUAUACCGAAAGCUUAAAACAAAACGACCAGUAUGCGAAUGUAAAUAUGAAAGGAAAAUACUCGAACAUAGAGAGGAGAAAACGAAAUGGAAGGAGCGUCAAAAACGAUUGAAAUCCUUGAAAAAACGCCCAUACGUUAAUAUUUCUGACAUUUCAAAACCGUUGGUGCAAAAUACGAAAUUAAUGAUAUCAGAUGUAAAAAGAAUUCCAAGGGAGGAUGAAUACAUCGACGACAUUAAGUAUUGUAUAACCGGAGUUGCCGAAAAUUAUGAUUAUUUACCACCUAAGCAAGUAGUAGGUGGAAUUCACAUGGCUACACCCAUUCAGACGCCUGAACCAAGUGUUCAGGAAAUACCAUGUGUUUGUUUGCAUCGACAUUGGUCGCCUACGAAGAUUACUCCUGGACCAUUACCAAAACCUGGAGAAAUUUUACUUGCUGAGAGAAAACGCAGACAAGAAGCUCUGAAAGAAGCAUUUCGCCAAAUUUAUGCUCCUCAAUCAACAUAUCACGUCCAUGACGAUCAUGGUUGUCAAGAAAAAUGUGGUAAAAAUGGAACGGAGAACAAUGAAGAUACAGAAAAAGAUCAACAAAUUGAGAGCCGCUAUAUAGCGUCAUCUCGUUUACAAAAAUCUAUUAAAGACAGAGUAACAAGUUCUCCUCAACGUAUCAAGCAACGCAUUAAAUCAAACAUUGGCAAUACUGAAGCUAAAAUUGAAGUUAAAAAUUUACAAAAAUCUUCUGGAAAUAAGAUUAGGGAUUCACGUAAAGAAGAUAGAGACUUUAAGACUGAAAAAAGAGACCAGAAACGUUUAAAUGUCCCUCAAAACCAAGCGUAUAGAGAAACUAAAAAUGAUACUCAAUAUAAUUCUGUUGAACUAGAUGCGGAAAAAGUACAUACUUUAGAUGAGGAAACUGAAGAAGAUUCUGAUGAUACCAAGUGUUAUUUAAUGGCUAUAGUGAAGAUUGAAUUAAAAAAAAUGGCGGCGGAAGGAUUUCUGUUUGCAAAAUUGCCCAAAUGUUUUUUAAUGCCACAGUUGCGAUAUUGGAUAAUGUAUAGAAAAGGUUUCAAUCCUAGUUAUGUGGAUAAGAAGAAAUCAGUUCGCAACUCCAUUAAAAUGUGGUACAUAUUAGAUAACAAAAUCAAAAGAUUUAAAAUUCGUGUUCCAUCGUUGAAAAUGACCAAAAUUCAACUUAGGAAAUUAACGUACGACGAUGCGCGAGAAAUAAAAGCAAAGAUCGCGUUGAAAAAAGCUAUAUUCCAUAGUCGAAUACGGAAGGAGCGGGUUUUGUAUGCACGAUCGAUGUGGAAUUCAAUGGAAUACGGAAAAUUCCCAUCGAUAUCGUUCAAACAAGCAUAUUUCACCUACAUGGCUAGCAAAGAAAGUGAUGGCCACGUUUUUAAACCGUGGUUACCGAUCGAAGUGCGCGAUAUGAAUCCAAAGAAAAUGAAAUAA